UUUGUCUGCUCUCUGUAGCUGUAUGUACCUCGUCGUCUACUUCGAUCGCGAAGCGUUUUAUAAUUGAAAAAAUGGAUCAAUCAAAGGGCAGUCUGCCUUUCAGGGGUCAUACAAGAAAUCAGUCAGCCGCGAAAGCUUCCCGACCAAGGUCAUCGACAAAGGGGCCGCUAGACGUAGAUGAGAACCCCCUCGCCUCACCCACCACCACUGUUGCUAAGCGCCUCGGUGAGAGCACGAGUCAGAACGCAAGCCCACGGACAAGUCUCUCGCAGACGCGGUCCCCAAUACGGACCACAGCACCCGUUCAAAGACGGGACUUCUCAUUCCUCUUGAAGCCAGAGAUAUACCACCAGCUCUCGCCACUCCAUAUCCCGCCGCCCUUCCGGGAUCCAGCCAGACAGCCCGCAGCCGACACCCCGAUCCCCACGCUGCUAGCCAACGGACACUUCCGCGCCGCCGCCAUCGCCGCCGCCCAGGAGCUCACGAGCACCAGUUCUAGCACCAGUUCAUCGGCCGCUCCCAUCGAUCACGCGCGCAUCUUCGAGCUCCUGUACGUCCGUCUGUCAUGUCUGUGUCUCGUCGACGCCGUCCCGCUCGCGGCCCAGGAGGCUAAGGCCCUGGAAGAUCUCAACUCGGCCUUCUACGCGGAUCCGGACACCGGCACGCAUCUCGCGCCGUGGGCGCUGCGCAUCCUCGUCGUGCGGCUGCAGACUAUCGGCUUUGGCGACCCUAGACGCGCCGUCAUGAGCUACUACGAGCUAGCCCGCGAAGCGCGCGCCGAGAUAUCGAGCGCGGGCCGCGUGCACGACCACUCGGCCGCCGAGACCUGGAAGCGACGGCUCGUUGAUCUCGGCAUCCGCGUUGCCGGCGCGCUGAUUGAGAUGGACGAUCUGGCUGGCGCCGUGGCACAUCUCGCUUCUCUCCCCGAGGCUAGUGGCGGCGGCACGCAGGCCGACAGGACCCGGCUCGCUGUCAGUCGGGCGCUUCUGUGGCUGCAUCUGGGCGACGUCGAUGCUGCACGGCGGUGCAUGGGCAACGGUGUCGGCGCCGAGACGAGCGAGCGCGUCGUCGAUGCCCUGGCUGAUAUGGCGGAUGGCGAGUACGCCGUUGCCAUAGACAAGUGGCGCGCCCUGCGCGAUGAGAUGAGCGAGAAUGGGGUUGAAGAUGAGAUGGUCGGGGUUAAUCUUGCCGUGUGCUUGUUGUAUACUGGGCGGAUGUCUGAGGGCCGAGAUCUCCUAGAAGAGCUCGUAGACGCCGGACAAACGUCGCACACGCUGCUCUUCAAUCUGACGACCAUGUACGAGCUCUGCAGCGAUCGCGCGAAGAAUCUGAAGAUGCGCCUUGCCAGUCGUGUCGCGACUCUGGAGGCGCCUGCGGCUGGGGGAGGAGGUGGUGGUGGUUGGGAGAAGACUAAUGCAGAUUUCAAGUUGUAGUCUUCACUGACGCUGAAGCCUUGUCUUAUGAGGAAUCGGGCAUUACUGAGUAUAGUAUGGAAUGCUGAGGGUUUGUAUGGUAUAGCGAGUGAUGUAUUAAGGAUCCGAUACUAAACCGCAUAAAUCAUGCUCUUAACUCCUCUGUCGUACCUUACCGUCGUCUGUACAAUUUGUGAUCUUGACUGCUUUAUAAAUGCCGAGGACUACAAAGUCGUAGCAUGAAUGACCAAUCCCCGAGGACAUGCG